AUGGACGACUUGCCCCAUGAUCUCCGAGUAUCGACGAAACUUGACAUCUUAACCAAAGAACGUGAGGCACUAGAUAUGAGUGCCGUCGACUCCACCUCAACUUUUCUUGGAGUUAUCUGGAAACAUGCUCACGAGGAAAUUUGUGACCGUGUCAAGCAGAUUGACGAGUUUGCGCAGUAUCAUGUUGUAAUCACCGUGACGGUCCCAGUCGUCUGGCCGACAGACGCUCGAAAAAAGCUCUAUCAGGCCAUUCAGUCUGCCAAUAUUCUCGAUCCAAACAUUCGUCUUGUGCGGAAAUCUGUUACAGAGACAGAGGCCACCGGCAUCGCUCUCAUGCCGGCUACUUCAGUCUACCCGGGCAACCUUCAGGUAGGCAAAGCAAAUCCUCGCACAAUGUGUACAUUUGGACGCCGUCUAAAUCAUCUAUCAGGGCCAGGAUUCCAGGUCAGAGACACAGUUAUUAUCUGCGACUGCGGUGGAGGAACUACAGACCUGAUCUCCUAUCAAGUGGUGUCUAUCCAGCCCUUCGCCGUGCGGGAGAUUUCCCCUGGCAAAUGUAUUUUUGCUGGGGGGUCUCUUGUAGACGAGGCCUUCCUGGACCUGGUCAAGGGCAAGGCCAAGAGAGAGUGCCCGAGGCCAACAUUCAAGGCUCUGACCAACGAGGACUUCCAUGAGUUCGUAGAGAGUAUCUGGGAUGAAAAUUUGAAGAUAAAUCACUCUCUCGGUAUGGCAGGCACGCGCUUUCGCCUUCCUGUAAACUUUCUUGGGUCUCAGGCUAGACGACAACCUAUGGCGCACCCUGACAGUCUCAACAUGACCUUUACCGUGUAA